CGCUGAGGGGACGGCGCUGAGGGGAAGGCACCGCCCGCCGCCCCGGAGCAGGAAGCGGGGGAUGGCGGCCCCUGACCCCGGCGCGGCACGGAAGAGCUUGCGGGGAAGGGACGGAGAUGGGAUGAGAAGAGAUAAGUGUCCUGCACUGCAAAUGGCCUCCCGUUUGGCAUUUACUGGGUGCUAGCCCAGAAUCAUCUUUGGUGGAGGAAGAAGGUUGAUGACACUAAGAUGUUUGACAGAAUCAAACGAUCUGAUGAAGCUUCUGCUUCUUCAGCACAAGGAAUGGAAAGACAGGGUGUUGAAGGUUCGCUACAACAGGACAGCAAUAGCAGUUUGCAUACAAGAGGGCAAGAACAUCCUCGGCCUGGAGUAUCCACCAUGCAGAAUAGGCAAGGAUACUGCAACUGCUGCCAUGUACACUACAGUAAUCUGGAACAGCAUAUUUUCAGCUCCCAGCACAGACAUUUUACCACUUACCGCAGGAAUCGUAUGGGUACCAGUAGCUUGAUGGAGCGUUUCCUGCAAGAUGUUUUGCAGCAUCAUCCCCACCGAUACCAUGACAGCAGGCCAACCUAUGAUGACAUGCCACUCCAAAUCACUUCAGCAUCUGCUAGGAUUGCUUGCCUGUCUUCAGAAGAGACGGAGAAAAAGAAUAGAGGCACACAGGAGAUUUCCAGCAAAGACCAGGAGUCCAGUGAUGACAUGUGCUCUUCUGCUCCAUGUCCCUCUCAUGAGGGCCCAAAGGAAACUUCUGUAACACAAACACUUACUCAGAAAUUAAAAACUGAGAAGGAAUGUGUUGUAGAAAUAUCCCAGCAGUCUAUUGGCAUUUGUAGCAAUGAGAAACGGGAUGUCCUGAAAGAUGCUCAAACUGCAAAUCGUAGCCAUGAAGACCAGUUUACAGCUGUGAGCCCCAUACCUCACCAUUUGUCUGUCACUCCUUUAAUACCUAGUUCUUCUGUUAAUCCUAAAAUAGAAAAAAAUGCUAAGAAUUUGUCAUCAUCAAAUACGAUUCCACAUAGUGGAUGUGAUGAAACAGGAACAGAGAUAGGCGAUAGGGAUGUGUUAUUGAAACCAUGCUUGAAUCCUGCUCUGGCGCUGGCUCACCCCAAAUACCCUUCAGUUUCACAACAGAAUCCUGUAUAUAGGCACAGGGAUUCUUUACUUAUUACCUCAGGUCAAUCUCUUUUAAAACAAGAUGGUUUACAAACUCAGGAUGAAACUUCGGUGUCUGAUUUCCAUCUCAGGGAUACUGUGGGUAUUAACAGCUCCCUAGAUCUUGGGACUUCCCCACAACUAGCAGGAUGCAAAAAUGUGAAGACAAACGUGGGUGAUGAAAGUUCAGUGGAUGAAACUAUUGAAAAUGUUAUUCUGAAGUACUGCCAUGGAACCACAUAUGAAGAACUUCAUUUCAAAGAGGAGAACAAUCUCUGUUUAACUGUUUCAUCCCUUCUGGAUCGUACUCAUUUAGAGGGCUCUGAAAUGAGUUUUGACUGUGAUGCACCUAUUCAAUCAGGAACAGACUUACCCAAGGCAGCUGUAAAAGACAUAGAGUUGCUAAAAGAGGUCCAAAUAAGUUUGCAAGAUAAAGAUUAUGGAACACAGCUCUCUUCUGUUUUAAAAGGUGAAUCAUUGCAGCAAAUAGAAAAAGUGAAGCGGGAUGUAGUAGCUCAUACUGAAGAACCAGUUCUUCCAGCUCUGCCUCAUGUGCCUCCUUCUUUUGUGGGAAAGACUUGGUCUCAAAUAAUGUAUGAAGAUGAUAUAAAAAUUGAAGAACUUGUGCGUGAUUUCAGGGAAGGUCGUUUUCGCUGCUACUUUGACAGCGAAUCCACAGCCAACUUUACGGGGAGGAGAAUGAAGAGAAAAAAGCAGAAAGACGAGAAAAAGGAUGAUGCUGCUGAGGGUAACAGAGUAGAAAGUACAUCAGUUAAAGCACUGCCAGAAUUUAAUGAUGCUUUAAGUGGUGGCUCUGAUUUUGAUAACCAAUCUGUAGCUUCAGAUAUGCUAUGCAACCAACAAAUUCUUAAAAUGCCUAGGAAAAGGACAUGGCGCCUAGCUUCAAGAUGCCAGGUGGUUAAAGUUAGCCAUGGCACACAAACAAGUCUAUUGGAUUACCCUGUAACAAAAAGAAAAAUGGCUAGAAAGGAGUCUGAUCAAGCUGAUCAGAAAGAAAGCACCAUGUGGUCAGAAGGUGAAAAGACUCCAAACAUGAAAACUAGACUAUGUGCCCUUAAACUUCCCGAGUCCUAUAGCAAGAUUAUGAGCCCUGUGCAACCCAAGACAACAGUGUAUGUACUUUCAUGUCCAGAGAUAAAGCAGUGUAAAGGUAAACCUGUAGACAUUCCUAAAACGAGGAAAAAUCGUAACUCCACAGAUAGCAAGGACUCUAUAAGGUAUAAAUACAAACAGUGUUCUUUGAAGUAUUAUGACCCACUGACAAAUAGAGUUCUGAAAAUGCCUCCCAAGAGUUCUGUUGGAGAAAAGGUCAAAAAGCCCACCCAUGUUAGACAGCUUUUCAGAAGUCUCAGCUUUGAUGCAAACAUGAGGAAACUAGCCGAUGCACAGAGAGAAGGCACACAAUCGAAGUCCUGCAAUUGGUCAGACCUCUAUAGCUCAUCCUCAGCAACUCUUCUGGCAGACCCAGGUAAAGGGAACGAUACAGCAUCAAGUCAAAAAGCAGAUGGAUCUUCCGUGAUUUCUGUAGAAAGAACAGAUUGUCUUGUAUCUGGUCACUCUGAGAACUCUCUGAAACACCUGUCCAUUUCACCUUUGAACUCUCACCCGUCUGUGAUAGAAGGAGACUGUAGAUUAACUCCUUUGAACAGCAGAGUUACCAAAACUCCUCUGACCUCCAUCAGGAGUGAGCGAUUAGAGAGGGAGAAUCCAAAAGCAAUGUGGAAGAGAAAAGAAGGCACUAGUAUAGAACCACUUUUUUCCAAAAAAGCUGCAGGAGCUAUGUCUGUCAGAUGCACUGUUGGGAGGAGGGGAAGCAGAGUAAGCACAGGCAAACAAACUUCCAGAACUAUAAAACAGCAAAAAGAGGGACUGAGAAGGAAACUUUCUCCUUGUGCCCAGAAAUCUUCUGCUUUUUCCAUACACAGGCGCCAGACAGGGAAAACUACAGUGGGAAAGCACCUUAAGAAAGAAAAGCCUGAUGCUAAAAAAAUAAAGCCAGCACCUGGAAAAGAAGGGAACAAAAGGAGGUCAUAGACAAAGCAGCUGAAGUGUUAGAGCUGCAGAAAGUGCAAAGCCAGUCUAAUGUGAAACAGGUACAACUUUAAACUGAGUUCUUGUUCCUGAUAUAUGGGACAUUAUAUAUGGGGCAUAUAUUGCACUGUUCUACUGUGUAAAGCUGCAGAAGUUGUGCAUUUGAGUUAAAAGCACUUAACCCUAUUUGCUAGACUUCACUUGUGCAUCAAAACAAAUGAGCUUGAAUAGUAUCAUAUUGUUUUUAUGGUAUUAUCAGUGCGUCAUAGUGCACUACAAUAGGGUAAAUUAGAAGCUGUACUAUUGUGCCUAUUCUCAUUUUUUUCCACAUAAUUUUAAAGUGCAAAACAUAACUCAUGCUAAAAAUUAAUUUAAGGUAUCUUAAUCUGGGGUGAAUUCUGUGUAUGUAUUUUGUGUUUGUAUAUAUGCACAUCUUGUUCAACACGUAUGGUAUAUACUUGCCUAUGGAGUGGUAUUGAAAUUAAUACAGUAUGAUACAAUUCAGAUCAAUUCAGUGUUUUCUUGAAACAAAAUACAAUUAUACAUGUUUUUAUACCAACUUUUUCUUGAAACCAUGUCCAAAUCAGUUAUUUUGGGCAACAAGUCACUGUGGGCUGUUACCAAGCAAUAAUGGACCAUGCUGGUAAGGAAAUAUGUCUCCCUUGAGUACUGUUCCAAUGGUGGUGGCUAUACUGAAACCUCAAAUUCCAAAAGAAAAUACAGUUGUAGGGUUACUUUAUUCUGCUUUUUGUUUUAAAUAGCUUACUACUAAAGUUUAUAGGUUAAAUUUACAUUCCUUAGUGAGGGGAUGGAAAAGUUAGAGACAAGUAGCAGUGAGUUGUUCUAACCUUAAAUUUGACAUCCAGUGGUUGUUUUUUUUGAUUUUAAUUGGGCAUACUGUUGGUUUAGUUUUUGUGUGCUGUAGUUGAAACUACUUUUAAAUAUUCAGUAAAACCUAAAGCGACAUCCAUCUAAAUAUAUUAAAAAUAAAAUAUCUGUUUCAUAACAGAUAUUUAAAUAAGCUGAAUUUAACAAAUAAAUAAAUUGUAUUCAAUUAGUGAUUUUUGUUAGGCCAUUGAUCUAUGAUUUUGUCUACGGCAAAAAAAAAAAGUAGUGUUCUGUGGCUUCGGGUUAUAUUUGUUUCUGGCUUUUGUUUUGUUUUCUUUGGGAAGGCUUUUUUUUUAUUUUUUUGCUUUUGUUUUAGUUGUUAUGAUGACAGCUUAUUUAAUUAAUGUGUGUUUAGGAGAAAAACCCUAGUUUUUAAGAUGUUUCUAUACUUUAAAAUCAAAAUUAAUUGUUCACUUGUAUUAAAUUAAGCAGAGAGUUAAACUUCGUCACAGUCAGGGCUCUGGUUUGCAAAUCUGCAAUUUGGUAUAUUAUAUAAUCUGUUGUACAAGUAUACAAAUUGACAAAUAACUUUACAAUAAAUCUUAUAUGCUAAAAGAAAGCAUAUAUAAAAGACCAAGACCCUGCUCUCUCUGCCAUUACACACUAUGUGUGUGCUUUGUGUGUGCUUUCUCCCUCCCCUCCCCCCCCCCCAAAAAAAAAAAAAUCAAAACACAUUCUUGAUUCGCUUUCUGAAGUGCCAAGGGUCACUAGUUUGUAUUGAGAUAAAGCUGUGCUAUGAAAUGUUGCAUUUUGAAAUACAGCAUCUGAAUGAAAUGUAAAAGCUGUCAUCAUAAGCCACUCAUUGUUUAAAAAAAAAAUACAUAAAAAAAAAAAGAAAAAAAUCCAACUAUAUAAAUGUGCAUAUUUCCCAGGACAAGUCAACGAUGUGCAUGUACUUAAACCAGCUGGAAACUAAAUUGGAAGUCAAAUAUCAUCUGACGCUUCUUUUUUUUUUUUCUUUUAGUUUUGAAAUAAAGUCUGUUUCUAUGGAUGAGUUUUCCUAUGGUUGUCAGUUGACAAGAAUCUUAUGACUGGAUUACAAGUCACUGGAAAAAAAAAAAAAGGGGUUAUGAGUUCUUAUAGCUCUAAACUAAUUGUGCCUGUAUAAUUUAAUAUUUUGUCUAAUAUAAAACUGAUUUUUUAAAGCAAAAUUUUAAUGGAAUGGUUUUUAUAGAAAGCCUAAUUUUUAGAUUAAAGGUUUAAAGCAAAAAAAAAAAAAAAAGAUUUUUAAGAUAAAGUUUGUUUUAAAGCAAAGCUUUAAAUUAACUCUUAAGUCCCAUUCUGACAUAUUUUUAUGAUACAAGAAUGUUUGCCUAUCUAAUUUCUUCAAUCUAAUUUUUCACAAUAUUGUAAAUAUGAAAAGUAUAGAUUGUUCUGUUUGAGUAAGGUUUAAUGCACAUUCUACUUUGAUUGCUAGUGUGUAUUUGUUUACACUCAAAAAUACUGUUUUCCAUACUCAUUUAUUGCAAACUUGUUUCUCCAGCACAGAAAUUUCCUUGAAACAUUGAGAGUAAUAAAGUAUAUUGUGGACUAUACAAUGACUAACUUUUUUAGCAUCUUUUUUUGGGCGGCGGGGUACAUAAUAGACCCCUUUAUCUAGGUGUUGAGCUGUUUAUUUUUUUUUUUAACAGAAAAAUGUUAUUUAAUUAAAAGUGUAAGUAGCUAUGUAUUUACCUUUAAAAAAAAAUAAAUAAAGAUGAACUCUAACAACGUUUAUUAUAGAAGACUUGAGGUCCAAGUCUGGAAACAAUUCUGUGGUUGACAAUGUAAAAGUGAGAUUUAAUGUAUGCUCAGAUUUUAUUCUAUGCAUCUCUUAUGACUGUUUGAACACCUCUUCUGUGCAUGCUCAGUGACUACUAGGAAAGAGGGGAGAUUGUGGUAUGAGAGAAGCAAAUGCAGAAUCUGCCUUGGAAGAGGAGUUAAUGAAAAUAUGUGUAAAAAAAAAAAAAAAAAAGG